CCUCACUGCUGACGUCGCCGCAAGAACUCAGCCUCCCCUGGUUUUGCUGCUAGGGUGAGAAAAGCUGGAGCUUUGCCCCACGGCCUCGACCAAGGACCCAAUGAUCAUCGCAUACGCAGCAACAGGCUAAGCCGGAGCGGCGUAUGGGUUCUAGCCAACCUUCUGCUCUUUUAUGCCUGACAUGCGAUCGUUUAGUCAUGGAUCAUCGCUGUGGGUAAAGUACAAUAUAUGAGAUGGCUAGUCCACACCACUGUGUUAAAAGGUAGGAUGAUAUCUCUCCUAUCCAUUGUUUCAAUCUUCUCUCGUUCAGCAUUACAUUCGCUUUUAUCGCAUUGCUGAAAUCGUAUACAACACUCUUGCGAUUCUCAAAUUUCUUAUUUCACAUUAUCCGCCGACAUGUUCCCUUCAUUAUCCAAGAUCUUGACUGUUGCUUCCGCUCUGUCGAUCACAGCCUACGCAUCCCCUCAAGGCUGGAGUGGCUCCUCAGAUGCUAGCCAGGGAGGCUCGGGUGGCUCGAGUAGUUCAUGGGGAGGUGAUAGUGGAAGCAGCAGUGGUAGCAGUGGCAAUGAAGGCAGUGGUAGCUCAGUUGUAGCAGCGGCGACGACAACAACGGCAGCCUCCAGUUGGGCAGCAUCCUCCAGUACGGCAUCAUCGACAGUCGCGACGGCAUCAUCACUUGCUUCAGGGACCGCCUGUAACAACUCCCCCGAUCUUUGCUCACGGACGUAUGACAACGUAACACACAUGGGCGCUCAUGACUCGUCCUUCCUUCGUGAUGACAGUACCGACAACUCCGUUGCUGGAAACCAGUACCUCAAUGCCACCUAUGCGCUGAAUAAUGGUCUACGUUUGUUGCAGGUCCAGGUCCACGAUUUGAACGAUACCAUCGAAAUGUGCCACACAACUUGCGAUCUUCUUGAUGCUGGUUCGCUAGAGUCGUGGCUCACUGUUAUCAAAGAGUGGAUGGACAACAACGUCGACGACGUUGUUACUCUGCUCAUAGUCAACUCGGACGGCUUUAACGGCUCGGAUUUCGGCGCCGCUUUCGAAUCAUCGGGCAUCGACAAAUACGGCUACACGCCAACUAGCACUAGCUCUUGGCCUACACUUUCUGAGAUGAUCUCCGCCGAUACUCGUCUGGUCACUUUCAUCGCAUCUUACACGGCCGACACUACCUACUCUUAUCUGCUGAACGAGUGGGACUAUGUCUUCGAGACUGCUUACGAAGUCACUUCCCUUUCGGGUUUCAACUGCACGCUGGACCGCCCUUCGACCUACAGUGACUACUCCUCGGCCAUCUCAGCAGGCAUGCUGCCGCUGAUGAACCACUUUGCCUAUACCGUGGUUCUCUCUUAUGAGAUUCCGGACGCAACCGACAUUGACACCACCAACAGCGACUCGACAUCUACCACGGGUGCUCUCGGUUUACAUGCAAAGACUUGCAACAGCGAGUGGGGUCAGAAACCCACUUUCGUCUUGGUCGAUUUCUUUAACAAAGGACCGGCGAUUGACACGGCUGAUAACAUGAACGGGAUUACGGCUACUGGCCGCUCAAACAGCAGUUCGACUGCUUCAAGCGCAGAUUCUAGCACAAGCUCUGGCGCAGGCUCAAAAUUUCAGAACUCUAGCUUUGGGUUAGGCGCUUUGCUUGCCACAUUGGCUGGUACUGCUUUGUUGUUGUAGAUGGAGCCAUGUUCGGCAAUUCGUGUGGAUUGAUUUUUACUGCAUAGCGAAGGCGUUACAGCAUCUGGAUGACUAGGGAUUGCAUACAACUGGGUAGGAAAGCGCCCAUUUCCAUCAUUGCAUUUACACAACACACAUACAAGGUCUCGUAGAAGAGCCAGUUCAUAGCUAGGCUCGAUUCAGACAACUAAGACAAAUGGAAUCUGAUACUAUACAAAUCAUAUGUUCAAACCGUUCCCGA